CCACUCCAGUCAGCAGACGGCGAUGUGCGUCUUUCAGGCGAUGCUGCUAGCGUGACGUAUAAUCUAGUGGACGGUUCUUCAUAAACAGCUAGUCAACCACCUCGGUAGCUUGCUAGCCAACAUAGCCGAAAGAUUCAAGCUAUUUAGACGCUUUCAGUGUAUAUUAGCUUCUGUGUUUUAGACACGCUUCUGUCUUAUUUACUUGUUAACCUAUUUAAUAUUACGUUAUUUUUUAUUAGUCAGCUAUAGUAGCUGGCUGGUUAAGUUAGCACUAGCCUAGUCGCUAAUGAUAGCUAGCUAGCUAACAUCCCCGAACAUGAGCUCCCUAAACUACUCCCCUCCUGUUAAAGAAGAGGAGGUCUGCUGGACGGAGAAAGAAGCUCUGGGGCUGAACAUUGUCGUGAAAGAGGAGACGGAAGAGGAGGAUGUCACAGUAAAACAAGAAGUAGAGGGUGAGGCUGUUACCGUGAAAGAAGAAGAGGAAGACUCGUUCAGAGUGAAAGAGGAGGAGGAUGUUACAGUAAAAGAAGAGGAGGAUGCAGUUUUUGGAGUGAAGAAGGAAGGAGAGAUUACUGUCACAUUGAAAGAUGAAGAGGUGGAAAUCAGAGAUCUGAGUAACACCAGAGAGAGACGUGGCUAUCAUGGAUCCUCUGGGGAGCCUCAACAACAACAUCAUGAUGCUGACGAGGCAGAGAAUAUUCUUUCCACAUCAGAAUUCCUCAGGAAACACCAGCAGAGACCCACAGGGAAAAAAUCUCAUUGCUGCUCUGACUGUGGGAAGAGAUUCACCUCCUCAGCAGGCAUUACAAUUCAUCAGAGAAUCCACACAGGAGAGAAACCUUAUUGCUGUGAUCAAUGUGGGAAGAGAUAUCUUACAUGUAGCAGUCUGACUAAACACCAGAGAACACACACAGGAGAGAAACUAUUUAGCUGCUCUCACUGUGGAAAGAGUUUUGUUUCUUCAGGAUGUUUAGAAUCACACCAGAGAACACACACAGGAGAGAAACCUUAUAGAUGUGAUCAAUGUGGGAAUAGAUAUGUUACAUCUAGCAGUCUGACUAAACAUCAGAGAACACACACAGGAGAGAAACCAUAUAACUGUAAACAAUGUGGGAAGACUUUUAGUCAGUCAUUCAGCCUGAUAUCACACCAGAGAACACACACAGGAGAGAAACCGUAUAGCUGUGAUCAAUGUGGGAAGAGUUUUGUUACGUCUAGCAGUCUGACUAUACACCAGAGAACACACACAGGAGAGAAACCUUAUAGCUGUGAUCAAUGUGACAAGAGAUACUCUAGUAAAAGAUCUCUGAUCAAACAUCAGAAAAUACAUACAGGAAUGAGUUGUUUCACGAUAUCAAUGAAAUAGAAUCUCACUAUUUAGAAGGUUUUAACGUUGUAGUAGGAGUAUUUUAAUGGUGUCAUAAUGUAGAACCCUAAAUAUUUGUCCCCUGUUCUAUUGAUUUCAGCAUAAGGAUAUUGGCCUCAGGGGGAAAUCCAGGCUCUGAAUUGAAAAGAGUACUAUUUAUGUGGUCUAACAAAAAAUGACUAAUAAAAAAAUAGUUGUGUUGCACUUACCACGUUGGCGACCCACUUGAAUCAAUAUGUAGCUAGCUGUUUUCUACAAAUUGUCUUCUAACCACUGAUGUACACAUUAUUCCCAGAUUCUGUGUGUUUUUUGAGCUGUUAGUUUUAACAGGACGUGUAAGUGAAAUAUUGCCAAAACAUAUGAAAAAGGGAUGUACAUUUGGUGUUGAUAUUUUAUAUUUACAAUUCAUGUAAUAUUUAGUCAUCGUGAUUAUUUAUGCAACCAACUGACAAUUUUUGAUUGCAAUUAUAUUGA